AUGGCAUCUUAUUGUCUUGGUCUUAUGAAGCUCUUUAAAUUGUUCUGUUGCAAUAUUGUUGUUAAUCACCCUACCCCCACUGCUUUCAGGCCCCACAUGCUUGGUAGAGAUAAAUUUGAUUAUGCGAAAAAAUAUUGCUUGCUGCAUGCUGCACGAAGUUAUCAGGGGAAAAUAUUUAAGGACUUCUCACGGAUUAGACGGCUGAAGGAGCAUUUGUUGAAUGAACUGCCCCCCAAGCGGCGACAGAUUAUUAGGUUGAAGCUAAAGGCACCAGAUAUCAGGGCAGCCACAUCUUCAUGCGUCAAAAGGGUGAACUCUAGCAGUUGUAAUGGAACUCUUACAGUUGAAUUGCCCAGCAAAAGCAAUGAUGAUGAAAAUACAAAAGAGGAAGAAGAUGAUGAUUGCAAGAAAUCUCCGAGGAAUCUCACUCCACAAGAGAUUGGUAUCGCAAAAUUAUCUGGGUUUAGUGAAUGGUUCUCAAAUCAUUUCAUCAUGGAUGGAUUUGGUGCUAACCAUAACCUGGAUCCCCAAUCUAGCUGUCAGAAAACAAUAAUAUUUGCACAUCACUUAAAGGUUCUAGAUGGAAUACAGGUGAAGGUUGCAAUAAUUGGAAUUACUGCUGGAGGUGUUGGUUUAGACUUCUCGUCUGCUCAGAAUGUUAUUUUUGUGGAGCUCCCAAAAUCAGCUUCAGAAUUGCUUCAGGUUGAUCAAGUGUGCCAACUUGAGGAAAUCAAGACCACCGAGGAGGAAACACAAUGCAAACUUCAUCCUUUGGAGAAUCAUAAUGCAGGUUCAUGCAGAUUGACCCAUGGACCAAAAUACCUUUUGGAAAGUGAUGAUUUGUCCAUCAAUGGUUUUCUUGGUAUCGAAGAUUUGGAACUUGACUCGGAUUUCACCAUUAGGACAAUUCCUCUUGAAUUUGAGGAUGAAAGACCUGGCAUAUCCUUGAAAAAUAAUCCAACUCCAACAGUACUUGAAGACAGAUCUUGUAUUGAUGUUUCUCUUUCGCCAGCUGCAGCCUUUUGCUCUGUGAUAUCUAGUUGUAAAUCAGUAAAGGCUCGUAAGAGGCUUUCUGGAAAUUCUGGGUCCUUAAGUCAAGCUGCACCUGUUCCAGAUUUUCCAAUUCAAGUGGAAUCUCUGCGUUUUGAGGUUAGCCGGCACACAGGCCGAAUCCACUUGUACAGUUGUGUUCCUGGACAUGAUUCAAGACCCAAACCACUUUGUGAAAAUUUUCUGCCAGAAGAAUUGAAUUCACCUUUAUGUUCUCCCAGUGAUGUUAAAACAAGAACUCUGCUCUUGAAAAAGAUUCCUGCAUUUUGCAAUGUGUUCAAGGCAUUCAUCAAAGAGUGGAUGGCACUAAGACCAAUUGAUCAGAAUAAAUUGCUUGGAAAGCCAUUACAACUUCCCUUGAGCCUUGAGUUGUGUUUUCUGAAAGAUAGCAUCAACCAUAGCCUCGAAGGGAUACUUAAAGGGGGAAGUAAGAGGCGUGCCGCACCAUUGAAUGGUGUCAGUAAUCCUUUGCCAGAAAAUGCUGAAUGGAGACAGGUGGUGUUGCGUAAUGGCACCUGUAAAGAGAGACAGUACACUCAGGACUGGACCAUUGAUGAUGAACCUCUCUGCAAACUUUGUCAAGGACUUUGCAAUGGAAGGCUUGCAAAGUCACCAGAAUAUUUUGAAGAUCUAUUCUGUGGUCUAGCUUGUUUCCAGGAAUACAGGUUAAGAACCAGUGGCAGGGCCCUGCGGCAGGCACUGUUUCAAAUAGAACGUGGUAAGUGCUCCCAAUGCAAGCUCGAUUGUUACAAGCUUGUCAAACACAUUAAACCCUUACCCUUGGAAAAACGAGAAGAAUACAUCAGAAAGGUUGCUCCAAACAUUGUGAGUAGAAAGAAACUCCUAGAUAAGCUUGUCCAUGAGCCAAUUGAUGGAAAUGCUUGGCAUGCAGAUCACAUAAUGCCUGUCUAUAAAGGAGGAGGGGAAUGUAAACUUGAGAACAUGGGAACACUGUGUGUGGCUUGUCAUUAUGAGGUCACCAGAGCUCAGCACAAGGAACUAAAAGAAAUAAGAAAGAAGGCUAAAGAGCACCUGAAAAACGCCUUGAAUAAACAAAAGGAUAAACCAAGUGAAGGAACAGAAGAACUAGAUGACGAAUUUUUGCUGGUAGCCGUCCCGGGCAGUGCCUACUCCUUAGGAUUUCCUGGCAAUGUUGCUGAUGAAAAAGCUGCUGAAUAG